AAUUUAGGGGUGGGGCAGAGGAGAGGUAAAAAACACAGACAACUUGUGUUCUCUCAUGUUUAAACCUGACACAGCAAGACAGCAGCCAUUCCUGAACUAAACUGACUGAGGUAGAGAUGGAGUAUUCCACCAAAACUCUUGCUGCUGGCUGCUUUGGGAAGAUCUACAGGGAGAAGUACAAUGACACCUGGGCUGCAAUCAAGAAGGUGCCACAACACUUAAUCAAUAGGAGAGACCUGGAGAGAGAGUGUCAAGUAUACAAUAAGGCAAUUCAUCCUAACAUAGUGAAGCUUCUGGGUAAUCCAACACUCAAGGACUCUAAGUGGAUCAUCCCCAUGGAGUUCAUCUUUGGAGAAGAACUGGAGACAACCAUCUUCAAAUCACAACAAUCUCAAAUACAGUUAACUCCAUCUGUAAAGGCCACCAUCAUCACAGGCAUGUGUGAAGGACUACUUCACCUACACAGCAAAGAUAUCGUCCAUCAGGACCUCAAGCCUGAGAACAUCAUGGUAGAGCAUGACACUCACCGAGCUGUGAUCAUUGAUAUGGGGCUGGCCAAAUUCUUCCGCAAUGGCCUAAAUUCUGCUGUGGAUAUGGGCAACGAGGCCUACUCUUCCCCUGAGGUCCUGCAGAGGCGGGGCCAACGAGACCAGCGUUCAGACGUGUGGGCUAUGGGUAAAAUCAUUGCUGAACUCUGUGCCAGAGUCAGGCUGCACACCCCUAGUGUCUGUCCGGCUAUGAUCUAUGAGAUCCUCAGUCUCCAAGGACAGCAGUACUGUAAUGCUGUCUGUAGGAUGGUGCAGAGCGACCCCAGAGUGCGAGCCACCAUGGCCGGGAUCAUGCCAGAGAUGCGAAGGGCAGGGGGAGGUGGCAACACCGGGGAGCAACAAAGAGGACAUCUUCCGACACCCUUUCCUCACACUGAGGUAAAAGACCCAUCGCCACGUCCACAUGCUCCCCCGCUAUCAAGAGCUGAGUGCACAGCCUUGCCAAAGAUUGAGGUCAAGACGACACUGCAACCACAACCCAUACAGCAGUCACCUUCCCCGGCAAGAUGGGAGCAUGCAGCCUUGCCAAUGACUGAGGUCAAGAUGACACUGCAACCACAACCCGUACAGCGGUCACCUUCCCCGGCAAGAUGGGAGCAUGCAGCCUUGCCAAUGACUGAGGUCAAGACGACACUGCAACCACAACUCGUACAGCGGUCACCUUCCCCGGCAAGAUGGGAGCAUGCAGCCUUGCCAAUGACUGAGGUCAAGACGACACUGCAACCACAACUCGUACAGCGGUCACCUUCCCCGGCAAGAUGGGAGCAUGCAGCCUUGCCAAUGACUGAGGUCAAGACGACACUGCAACCACAACCCGUACAGCGGUCACCUUCCCCGGCAAGAUGGGAGCAUGCAGCCUUGCCAAUGACUGAGGUCAAGACGACACUGCAACCACAACCCGUACAGCGGUCACCUUCCCCGGCAAGAUGGGAGCAUGCAGCCUCUCCAAAGCCUGAAGUCAAGAACUCACCAUCUCCCCUUCCAAAGGUAGACCAGGGUAAUGCACUGGUGGUUCCAUCAGGCAUGGUUCAACCCAGUCAAGAUGUCAUGAAACAACUUCUCUUCAAAGAGGCCCCAAAGGGUCUCCCAUGCCCACUCCCCACAACGGGAAAGGUGCGAAUCCGCCGCUAUGAGCAAAGGAAUGGGGAAGUGGAGACUUGGGAGCAAAAUGAGGUAGAGACUGAAGGAGGGAGGAUAGUCAAGUUUGAGAAUGUUAUGUUUAACAACAAGUCAUAAGUAGGUUAUUGAGAGGUUGUGAAAUAGUUGGGAAUUGAUUUGACUCUGCUUCUGAAAUAGUUGGGAGUUGAUUUGACUCUGGUCACUCUCCUUCCAUCCUUCAUUGUAAAAUUCUGACAUGUUUAUGGAGAGGGGGGGGAGUAUAUUUGGGAGGUGGGAUAAACUAAUGGAAGAAUUCUAAUGUCCAGAGAAACUAUACCGGACGUACUGUGCCUAAAAACAAAGCGACACAAUAUCCCACUACGUGAGACCAAUAUAUAUAUAUAUAUAUUAACAACAAAAGUUGUCUUGCACUGGUAAGAAGGAAACCUUGGAGUGUGUUAAGGUUGAGUAAGGAUUUAGGGAUGAUCUUGAAAGUACUAUCACUUCUUCUAAUGCUACAUCAUGUUACAAUGUUGCUCAUCUGGUUAGGUGACAGUGUACAGAGGCACCUGGAAUCAAGUAACUAUCUUUGAAUGGUUUUGAAACCUUUUUGUUUUGGGAAACGUAUCCCUGUUUGCUAAUCAGUUGUCUCUUUAGCUCUAUCAUACAUUUGACUGUGUACAUACAGUACCAGUCAAAAGUUUUGGGCACACCUACUCAUUCCAGGGUUUUCCUUCAUUUGUACUAUUUUCGACAUCGUAGAAUAAUAGUGAAGACAUCAACACUAUGAAAUAACACAUGGAAUUAUGUAGUAACCAAAAAAAGUGUUCGACAAAUCAAAAUAUAUUUUACAUUUAAGAUUCUUCAAAGUAGCCACCCUUAGCCUUUGACAGCUUUGCACACUCUUGGCAUUCUCUCAACCAGCUUCACCUGGAAUGUUUUUCCAACAGUCUUGAAGGAGUUCCCAUAUAUGCUGAGCACUUGUUGGUUGCUUUUCCUUCACUCUGCAGUCCAACUCAAUCCAAACCUUCUCAAUUGGGUUGAGCUUGGGUGCUUGUGGAGGCCAGGUCAUCUGAUGCAGCAUUGCUCUCCUUCUUGGUCAAAUAGCCCUUACACAGUCUGGAGGUGUAUUGUAUCAUUGUCCUGUUGGAAAAACAAAUGAUAGACCCAUUAAGCGCAAACCAGAUGGGAUGGCGUAUCGCUGCAGAAUGCUGUGGUAGGCGUGCUGGUUAAUUGUGCCUUGAAUUCUAAAUAAAUCUGUGUCACCAGCAAAGCACCCCCACAACAUCACACAUCCUCCUCCAUGCUUCACGGUGGAAACUACACAUCCAGAGAUCAUCUGUUCACCAACUCUGCGUCUCACAAAGACACAGCGGAUGGAAACAAAAUCUCCAAUUUGGACUCAUCAGACCAAAGGACUGAUUUCCACCAGUCUAAUGUCUAUUACUCAUGUUUCUUGGCUCAAGCAAGUCUUCUUAUUAUCGGUGUCCUUUAGUAGUGGUUUCUUUGUAAUAAUUUGACCAUAAAGGCCUGAUUCAAGCAGUCUCCUCUGAACAGUUGAUGUUGAGAUGUCUCUGUUACUUGAACUCUGAAGAAUUUAUUUGGGCUGCAAUCUAAAGGUGCAGUUAACUCUAAUGAACAUAUUCUCUGCAGCAGAGGUAACUGAGUCUUCCUUUCCUGUGAUGGUGCUCAUAAGAGCCAGUUUCAUCAUAGCGCUUGAUGGUUUUUGCGACUGACUGCACUUGAAGAAACUUUCUUGAAGUUCUUGAAAUGUUCCGUAUUGUCUUAAAGGAAUGAUGGACUGUCAUUUCUCUGCUUAUUUGAGCUGUUCUUUCCAUAAUAUGGACUUGGUAUUGUACCAAAUAGGGCUAUCUUCUGUAUACCACCCCUAUCUUGUCACAACAGAACUGAUUGGCUCUAAUGCAUUAAGAAGGAAAGAAAUUCCACAAAUGUACUUUUAAGGCACACUGGUUAAUUGAAAUGCUUUCCAAGUGACUACCUCAUGAAGCUUGUUGAGAGAAUACCAAGUGUACAAAGCUGUCAAGGCAAACGGUGGCUACUUUGAAGAAUCUGAAAUAUAAAAAAUUAAGAAAAACCCUUGAAUGAGUAACUUGUCCAAACUUUUGACUGGUAGUGUAGAAAUAAGCAAUUGUUUUGUAUCAAAUUUUUCUUACUCUUAAGAAUAAAAGUAAUUUUUCAUGACUAUAUGCUGUUAUCCUCUUUACAACAACAGUGUACAAAAUAACCUUUUGCAAGACUGUCAACCAGAGCUGUGUUCAGCUACAGAAAGGGUAUCCCACACAGUUCAUCCAGUCAGAAGGAACUUCACAGGUGUUUGACUAAUCUUUUUGUUUAUUAAUCAUUGUAUAAGGCCACUCUGGACUGUGCAGACUUCAUUGAUAGAGGAAUUAAAAAUCAGAAAUACAGUA